GCGCCGUACGGCAGACGUGGGGCUCGCGCUCUCGCGUUCUCUCCCGGGCGGGCGUCCGGGCACGCGCACUCGCGGUCACGCGCGCGGACGGCCGGGCGGCGGCGGCUCGUGGAGGUGGUGGCUUCACUUUCCAGGACUCAGGGACGGUCACAGCGGUAGCAGCCUCGGGAGCCGGGGCUAAAACGGCCGGAGGCGGCGGCGGCGACGCCGAGGGGAUCAAAAAUGUCCACUGAGGCACAAAGAGUUGAUGACAGUCCAAGCACUAGUGGAGGAAGUUCUGAUGGAGACCAACGUGAAAGUGUUCAGCAAGAACCAGAAAGAGAGCAAGUUCAGCCCAAGAAAAAGGAGGGAAAAAUAUCCAGCAAAACAGCUGCUAAAUUGUCAACUAGUGCUAAAAGAAUUCAGAAGGAACUUGCAGAAAUUACUUUGGACCCUCCUCCCAACUGUAGGGCCUCUUUGGAAGCUGUCACUCUCUCACUGAGCUACAGCCUCCUGAACUUCUCGAGUUAACCGUAAAAGCCACUGAUGAGUCAUCCCUUCUCUUCUGCAAUAACCCGGGCAUCCUCGCCACAUCCAAGAGAGACUCCUAAAUCACUGUCUACUUCAUUGGAGAUCCUUGUGCUCAUUUUUGUAAAGUCUUACAUAAGUUAUCUUUUGGGCAUGGUUUGACAAGAGGUUGAGUUUUUCCCCUUUUCUCCAUCAAGUAAAAGCACUAUAUUGCUUGUUGAUUUGUCUUUUGUUCUCAUGAAAAAACAUGAUUUAAAAAAAUCACUUAAAUACUGUAACUUAUCCUCGAGUAGAAUUUAGGGACCAAAGCUUCUAUUACAUGUAUAAUAUGUAUCUAAAUUACCCUGUGUAAAUUGUUGGGACAACACCCCAUAUUUGAAGGGAUUUCUCAAGCCCCAGUUCCUUAAAUGAAAAAUUUCUCUGGAAUAUUAGUUUUUCUAACUUAGAAACAAGAGUACAGUAAGAUGCACUAGGUUUUCUUACCUUUUUUCUGAGUUACAAGAGCUAGGGAUGAAAAUAAGAAAGAGGAGGGAAUGGAGAUGAAAGAGAAAGAAGAUGUGUUAUAUAAUCUAUUGGUCCCCAUGAAGAAUGUAAUCAUUAUUUACAUCAAACAUUUUUAAAUGUUGAAAAAAGAAAAAUAUGUGGA